AUGACAGACACGAAAGACGACUCCCAUCGAUUCAGUGCUUCUAGCCAUUUGGAGAAUCUGCCCGAUGAGCGCAUGCCUUCCGUCGGCGAUUUGAAACCGGUCAUCGAGGAAGAUGACGUGAAUAAUCCGCAGAAUUGGCCCCUAUCAGCCAAACUAUCCACCUACCUUACGAUUUGCUCCUUCACCUUUUUGGCCAAUGUCAACUCCAGUAAUUUCACGGUCGCCACCUCGGCUAUUAUCAAGGAGUUCCAUGUCAACCAGACCCAGGCGGGGCAGCUGGUCUGCUUUAAUGUCUUUCUUUUCGGCGUGGGUAAUAUUUUCUGGGUGCCGCUCAUGCGGGUCAUUGGGAAACGCCCCGUUUACUUGAUAGCGAUGCUGUUCCUCUGCAUGAUGAAUGUAUGGUCUAGCCAGUGCACCAGCUACGGCGAACUACUGGCAUCGCGCAUUAUUUCAGGCUUCGCAGCGGCGGCUGCCGAUGCCACGGUGCCCGCUGUCGUGGCCGAUAUGGUUGCCGCGAAGGACCGGGGCCACUACAUGAUGUUUUUUCAUCUUGCAAUGACGGCCGGGCUCUUCGUGGGUCCCUUAAUCAAUGCCUACCUGGUGCAGCAACAAGAUUGGCGCUGGAUGUGUUAUUUCCUUGCGAUCGCGGUCGGUGUGGUCCUGGUGAUCGCUAUCUUCACCAUCCGGGAGACAACGUACCUGAAGAGGCGCUCGGGAAACCUAGAGAAGCGAUCACAGUUGCAGUGGAUGUCCUUGACGCUCGGCUUCAAUCGGGAUGCUUCAUUCCUGCAAGCUCUUUUGGAUAUUCUAGCCAACGCUGCUUACCCACCAUUAAUCUGGUGCUCGUUAACGAUUGGAAUCUCGGUCGGAUGGAAUAUUGUGGUUCAACUAACAUCCUCCCGUACAUUCCUCAAGCCGCCCUAUAACUGGCAAUUGGGUGACUUGGGCCUUCUAUCCCUCGCUGGAUUUAUUGGUUGCGUACUCGCAUUUUAUGCCGGUGGCCGACUGAUCGAUAUUAUCUCCAACCGGAGCACUAAGAAACACGGCGGGGCUCGUAUGCCAGAGUACCGACUACCGGCGAUUGUGAUCCCCGGAACUAUCGGACCAGCGGGGAUCUUGAUUUUUGGACUCUGUGUCGCACACAAAACACACUGGAUUGGACCUGCUGUGGGAUAUGCCAUGCAGGCCUUUGGCGUGGCUGCGAUAUCGAACGUGGCUGUGACCUACUCACUAGAUUCGUACAAGCCGGUCACUGGUGAGGCUCUGGUGAUUAUUUUUGUCAUUCGCAAUACUAUUGGUAUGCUGCUGUCGUUGUAUGCGGCUGAUUGGAUUGAGAGACAAGGAACAGCCGCGGUCUUUGGAGAGAUGACGGCCAUUCAAGUCGUGAGCGUUCUUUUUGCUAUUCCAUUGUACUUCUGGGGCCGCUCUCUGAGGGCCUUCACGUCCACUUAUGGACCCAUGAAGCGGUUCCAGGACUCAUGA